AUGGGAUUGGUCCACCUCUUCAACACCACCUGUCGGGAAAGUUCUCGUCUAAAACGUCACGUACAAUCAGGCUUCAAUGUGGGGGUGCACCAUCCUAUUGAAAUAUCACAUCUGGUUGAUGUAGUUGCAUCUGAGGAACCGCAUACAUCUACAGCAUGUCAAGUGUUCGGAUAUGUCGCUAGCGGAAGUGUAGAUGAGGAGGUGAAUAACAAAAUGCACUGUGGUUUAAUUCGAGAUAGUGAUUUAAAUACAACAUUAAAGACCUUUUGGGAGUUAGAAUCAAUAGGUGUCAAGGACGAGGGUAUUACUAGUGAGGAGGACGUGAAUUUAGAAUUGUUUAAGGAAAAUAUAUGUUUUAAAAAUGGUAGGUAUGAGGUGGGACUCCCUUGGAAAAGAGAUAGUAAUGAGUUGAGCGAUAAUUUUGAUUUAGCAAAAAGACGACUCAGCAGUCUUAUGAGAAAAAUGCAAAAUGAUAAGGUGUUGUAUUCUGAGUAUUGUAAAGUUUUAAAGGGUUACCUUGAUGAAGGGAUAAUUGAGAGGGUAACAAAUCCGUUUGCUUCAACAAAUAACCCAGUGUUUUAUCUUCCUCACCAAGUGAUAAUAAAAAAUGAAUCUCUAACAACAAAAUUACGUAUAGUUUUUGAUGCUAGUGCACAUGAAAUAGGACAAUUAUCGCUGAACGAUUGUUUACAUCAAGGAGUUAAUUUAAAUCCAAACAUUUUUGAUUUGUUGAUAUCCUUUCGCUUGAACAAAAUAGCCAUUUUAGCUGAUAUGGAAAAAGCCUUUCUCCAGAUUUCUUUGACUCCAAAAGAUAAAGACGCAGUUAGGUUUCUUGUGGCUAACAGUGAAAACGAUGUUCAAGUGUAUAGAUUCAAUCGAGUUCUUUUUGGUGUGAACUCGUCUCCAUUUCUAUUGGCCGCAACUAUAAAAACCCAUAUUGAGAAAUAUAAGGAACAAUAUCCCGUUACUGUGCGGACACUCGAUAGUUGUUUUUACGUGGACGAUCUCGUCGCUGGUGAAGACGAUGUAUCAUCAGCAUUUGACUUGUCAAACACAGCAGCGAAAAUCAUGGAUGAUGCAGGGAUGAAUUUGCGGAAGUGGAUUUCAAACGACUGUGAUUUAAUGAAACAAUGGCAGACAGAACAUUUCGACCAUUUAAAUAUUAACGAUUUCGUGAACCAACCACAUCGUGUUUUGGGACUUUCGUGGAGUCCUCAAAAUGACGAUAUUAGUCUUAAUUUAAAAGGUCUAUUGGACUUCCUUCUGAAAAGGAAAAAUACUAAACGAUUCUUGUUGAUGGCCGCAGGCAGAAUAUUUGAUCCAAUGGGAUUUGUAUCCCCCUUCACUAUAAGAUUUAAAAUCUUAUUUCAAGAAAUCUGGCAAAGUAAAACAGACUGGGACGAAGAGUUACUGCCAGAUGUUAAUGAGAAGUUUGAACAGUGGUGUUCAGAAGCGUCUUUCUUAGGUAAACUUCAGAUUCCUAGAUAUGUCCUUGAGUGUGAUAGUGAGAAUCCCCCAGAGUGUGAAAUACACACAUUUUCCGAUUCUAGCAUUAAAGCGUAUGGAGCUGUCUCAUAUUUAAGACUGAAAACUCCUAACAAAAUUUGUGUGUAUCUUUUAGCUUCAAAAUGCCGUGUGGCUCCUCUAAAGCCAUUAUCCCUUCCACGUUUGGAAUUAAUGGGUGCGUUACUUGCUGCGAGAUUGGCAAAAGAAGUAUCAAGAGUCCUCAGUGAGAAAAUAUCAGCAACCAACCACUUUUGGACAGAUUCCACUAUAGCCUUGAGUUGGAUUCAAGGUUCCAGCAGCAGAUGGAAAGUCUUUGUCGCCAACCGUGUGAAGGAAAUACAAUCCUUGACAAACAAAGAUAUGUGGCACCAUUGUCCUGGAAAGGACAAUCCAUCUGAUCUUCUUACGAGAGGCAUCAGCGCCGACUCACUGUUGAACUGUGAGAAGUGGUGGAAUGGACCGAGUUUCCUACAUGAAGAAAACAUUGUCCCUAAAAAUGAUGACGUGAUACUUAGUGAUGACAGUGUGUGUCAGGAAGAACUAAAAUCGUUCAUCGAUAAUUGUAAGCAACCAUUUAACAAACAAACUGGACCAUUGAAGAUAUCCGAAGUCCAACGAGCGGAAACUACGCUUGUGAAGUUGGUGCAACAGGUAGAAUUUGAAUCAGAAUUAAAGGACUUGUCCACUAAGGGUAUGGUUAGCCCUCAAAACAAUGCUUCCAACUUUGUAGGCACACAAUUAGAGUUAAAGAGACUGAGAAAAAUUCUGAGUAAUAGUAACAAUAAUAUGAGUAAAUUUUUGUGUGAUGAACGUGUUCAGUGGAGUUUCAUUCCACCAAGAGCACCAAAUCAUGGAGGCCUCUGGGAGGCUGGAGUCAAGGCCGUCAAAUAUCAUAUAAAGCGAAUUAUGGGUAAUUUAAAAUUCACUUAUGAAGAAAUUUUAACGAUUCUUAACUAG